AGAGAGAGAAAGAGAGAGAGGGAGGAGGGGGCGCGAGCGUUCGUUCGCCGCUGUUGCUCGGGGCUCGCGGAAGAACCGAUCACAUGGAUUCCAAGGUUUCAUUUUUCAACGGCGCUUCGAUCUGAGCGCGCGCUGACAGCCCCGGUGACCGGCGCAUCCAUCAGAGCCGCGCGAGGGAAAGAGGCAUCACUUCACCGGUUCCAUCGAUUUGCCGGAACUAGGCAGGCACCGGAGUCGGUCCGUGUGUGUGUGUGCGUGUGCGCACGAGUAAGGAGGGCGAAAGCGGCCCUGGGGUAUUUCUGCCACCGAGGAGCAGCCAGCUGCACGCUUAACGGAGAGGAAACCGUUACGGCUGGAAUAUUUGGCGUUGCCGAAAAUCAUUUAGGAGGAAAGCAUUCCUCAUUUGCUCAAACCACAGGUGGCGUGUGGAACCAAAGACAGCCCAGUGCUGGAUUCCCGAAGGACAGCUAGAGAUCACAGACCCUUGAGGUGAAAGAGGGUGCAUGGAUCGCUCAAGGACAAAGACUUCUGCCUACCUUUGGUUUGGCGUGGUUUUCGUGGCAUCAGCCUUCCUCUGUGCAGAGGCGGGAGUCACGCCGAGCCCGUCCCUCUCGAAUAACAUCACAUGCGUCGGGGAGGCGAGUCGAUGCCAGCCUGGCAUCAUCUUACCUAUUUGGUACCCCGAGGACCCUUCCAUGGGUGACAAGAUCGCCAGGGUCAUUGUGUACUUCGUGGCAAUGAUCUACAUGUUCUUGGGGGUGUCGAUUAUUGCGGAUCGCUUCAUGGCUGCCAUUGAAGUCAUCACCUCCCAGGAAAAAGAAAUCAUCAUCAAGCGUCCGAAUGGUGAGACGACAACAACGACAAUCCGAGUGUGGAACGAGACCGUGUCCAACCUCACGCUCAUGGCGUUGGGCUCUUCUGCCCCUGAGAUCCUUCUCUCCGUCAUCGAGAUUUGCGGGCACGAGUUCCACGCUGGUGAGCUAGGCCCAGCCACCAUUGUGGGUAGCGCCGCCUUCAACAUGUUUGUGAUCAUUGGCCUGUGCGUGUCCGUUAUCCCGGAAGGGGAGGUCCGGAAGGUUAAACACCUGCGUGUUUUUUUCGUAACAGCCGCAUGGAGCAUGUUUGCCUACAUCUGGCUCUAUAUGAUCCUGGCUGUGUUCUCGCCGAACGUUGUCCAAGUAUGGGAAGGACUUCUCACCUUGGCCUUCUUCCCCAUCUGUGUCAUUCUAGCUUGGGUGGCCGACCGUCGCCUGCUUUUCUACAAGUUUAUGCACAAGAAAUAUCGCACGGACAAGCACCGAGGUGUCAUCAUCGAGACGGAGGGUGACCGUUCAAAAGGCAUCGAAAUGGAUGGAAAGAUGAUGAAUUCUCAUUUUGUUGAUGGCGGAGCUGCUAGUAAUUUGAUGGGCCUGAUUGAGGGCAAAGAGGUGGAUGAGUCUCGCAGGGAUAUGAUCCGUAUCCUGAAGGACCUGAAGCAGAAACACCCAGAGAAGGAGCUGGACCAGCUGGUGGAGAUGGCCAACUACUAUGCACUGUCUCACCAACAGAAGAGCAGAGCGUUUUAUCGUAUCCAGGCCACGAGGAUGAUGACCGGUGCCGGCAACAUCCUUAAGAAGCAUGUGGCAGAGCAGGCCAAACGCAGUGCUAGCGUACAAGAAGUUCACAUAGAAGAACCCGAGGAGUAUGUGUCCCGCAUCAUGUUUGAACCUGCCAUUUACCAGUGCCUGGAGAACUGUGGCGCCGUUCUCCUCACAAUUGUUCGUAAAGGCGGUGACAUCGCUAAAACAAUCUAUGUGGAUUAUAAAACAGAAGACGGCUCUGCAAAUGCCGGUGCGGACUACGAGUUCACUGAGGGAACAGUGGUGUUCAAACCUGGUGAGGUCGUGAAAGAGAUCACUGUUGGCAUCAUCGAUGAUGACAUCUUUGAAGAGGACGAGCAUUUCUUUGUGCGGCUCAGUAAUGUGCGUGUUCUGGAGACUGAGGAUGAGGUGCUGUCGCCCAGUAGCCUGCCGUACCCAAAGGCCUUGAUAGGAUUCCCUGCUGUUGCCACUGUUACCAUCCUCGACGAUGACCACGCAGGCAUUUUCACUUUUGAAAGCGAGUCCAUGCAUGUGAGUGAGAGUGUGGGCAUCAUGGAAGUGAAAGUGCUGCGGAUGUCAGGGGCGAGAGGGACAGUCAUCAUUCCGUUUCGCACGGUGGAGGGACUAGCUAAGGGCGGCGGAGAGGACUUCGAGGAUGCGUAUGGAGAGCUAGAGUUCAAAAACGACGAGACCUGUAAAGUCAUACAGGUUAAAAUCAUCGAUGAUGAGGAGUAUGAAAAAAACAAAAACUUCUAUCUGGAGCUGGCAGAACCACGCAUGGUGGACAUGAGCCUUCAGAAAGCUCUGUUAUUAGCUGAUGAUAUUCCAGACAGGAAGUUGUCAUCAGAAGAGGAGGAAGCCAGAAGAAUAGCAGAGAUGGGGAAGCCUGUAUUGGGCAAGCAUGCAAAAAUAGAGAUUAUCAUUGAGGAGUCAUAUGAGUUUAAGAGUACAGUAGAUAAGCUGAUUAAGAAGACUAACUUGGCUCUGGUCGUGGGCACAAAUUCCUGGAGAGAACAAUUCAUGGAGGCCAUAACUGUCAGUGCAGGAGAUGAGGACGAGGAUGAGGGGGGAGAGGAACGUCUGCCAUCUUGUUUCGACUAUGUCAUGCACUUCCUGACUGUGUUCUGGAAGGUUCUGUUCGCCUGCGUCCCGCCCACGGAAUAUUGGAACGGGUGGGCGUGUUUCAUUGUUUCCAUUGUGAUCAUCGGUCUAUUGACUGCUGUGAUCGGUGAUCUGGCCAGUCACUUCGGCUGCACCAUUGGCCUAAAGGACUCAGUCACCGCUGUGGUGUUUGUAGCCCUGGGAACAUCCAUCCCUGAUACCUUUGCCAGUAAAGUUGCAGCGGUGCAGGACAGUUACGCAGACGCAUCGAUCGGUAACGUGACCGGUAGCAAUGCUGUGAACGUUUUUUUGGGAAUCGGUGUUGCGUGGUCAGUGGCUGCCAUCUACUGGCACAUGCAGGGUCGUGCGUUCGAGGUGCAGGCAGGUUCCCUGGCAUUUUCGGUCACUCUUUUCACCAUCUUUGCCUUCCUGGCAGUAGGCGUCCUGCUGUACCGGCGGAGGCCUCACAUCGGUGGAGAGCUGGGCGGCCCGCGCACACAGCGCAUCUUCACGACACUCUUUUUCUUCGGUCUCUGGUUUCUCUACAUCCUUUUCUCCAGUCUUGAGUCUUACUGUCAUAUACAGGGCUUCUGAAGAGAAGAGAUGGGAUGGGAUGGGUUGGGGGUUGGAGAUGAGGAGAGAUUGAUGCCAGGAAACCUCUUCUAGUCGUAAAUUACAGAGUAAGAGCUAAGGAGUGAUUCGGAAAGGUCGCUAAGGUUUUAAGCAGGGGCUACAAAAAGGACAUUCGUUCCACAGAUACCUUCACGCUGAAGAUGAAGAGUGUGAAACAUCUCUCUGAGAGGUGGGACAGUCUUAACCUGGAGUCUGAGCUUUUCACAAUCUAUAUUUUUCUCAACACCUGCUGAGAACGACUUUUUUCUAAUGAAGUAUUUUGGGAAAAAAAAUACACAAAAAAUAACAAAAAUAAUUAAAGGACUCAAAGGACUAUUUUCAAAUCUGCUUCCAGGAUUAGAAAUAAUAUUUCAACAAAAAAUGAAAAUAUAUAACUACGUGAAAUCUGUUAUUGAGUGACAUUUGAAGGACCCAUAAAGUUAUUAUUUAUUUAUUUCCCUCGUUUAGUUUGGUAAGAACAAACAGAGCUUAAAGCUUUUACCGUCAGGCCAAAUUCCCGGCUAGGGAGAGUGGCUCGGAAACACAGAACGCUGAGUAGACAAACGGAGAAGAGAGAUGAAUAUGAACAAUGGCUGAACACUGCAUUUUCUCCCUGAUAUUCCUGUAUGGAUAUAAUCUGCUUCCAUAUUUUUUGUGUACUUCUGUGUAUUUCCUUGCCAAGUGUUGUUAUUUCGAGAAUCAGAGGCUUCAGAGGGUUGCGGGAGAACAGAUUGCAAAACAAAAACCAUUAUACAGAGGGAAAAUGAGGCCUUUUAGCAUUUGAACAUUCAUCAAAAUGAAUCACUAGUGUAUUUUCUGAGAGAGCACCGCAUCUGCUAUUACAGUUGUUAUUGUUUUUUUUAUCAGUUUGUAUUUCAGUGUCAUUGAACAAACAUAAAGCACCCCAAAGAUAUCUCCCACCCCCACUUCACCCCAGAGAGUCCCUCUUUAUAGAGUCACGAGACCAUUUAACCAUGAGCUCCUUAAGUGCGCAUCUAAACAGUGUCUGAAGUGUCAGUAAUGUCGGUGGUGAAUCCCAAAUAUGUUUUAUUGGGGCCUUUAAUGUGGUUCAUAAUGUUUACAGGCCUUCGGUCCAGAAAAGAGUGAGAAUGGUGCAGUAAAAACAGAUUCGUUUAACAUGGUGUGGAGAGUUUUUUGCAUUUCAGGGAGAUGUAGAGAAAUUUUGGGCAAAGCUGCAUAAAUAGUUCACCUAAAAUUUAACAUUUGCUGAAAAUUACUCACCCUCAGGCCAUCCAAGAUGAAGAUGAAUUUGUUUCUUCAUUGGAAAUAUAACUUUACAUCACAUGUUCACCAAUGGAUCCUCUGCAGUGAGUGGGUACUGUCAUAUAAUGAGAGUCGAAACUGAUAAAAACAUCACAGUAAUCCACAUGACUCCAGUCCAUCAAUUAAUGUCUUACUCUAUACUAGUCCAAAAUACCAGUCCAUAAUCUAUAACAAUGCUUCCUUCUGUGAAAAAGUCCAUCCUCUGUUGUCCUCUCACAUCAAAAUCCACCAACAUAUUUGUUUAGAACUGUUUGGGACUGUUUUUGCUUGUAAACAGUGCUUGAUCUCUGAUCUGAUUUGAAAGAGAUUACUUUUUCACAUGAGAGAGCAGUAGCAUGGAUAGAAGUUAAAAACAUCUUAAUGAUGAAUUUGUUUACAAUUACAAACAUGCAUCUUUUUUUCUUCACAAGAUAUUAAUUAAUAGGCUGGAUUAUUUUUUUAUCGAUCCGAAUUCUGACAGCACCCGUUCACUGCAGUGGAUCCAUUGGUGAGCAAGUGAUGUAAGAAAACAUUUCUCAAAAAUCUGUUCUGGUGAAGAAACAGGAGGGUCUAAUUUUUGAGUUAAUUAUUUUUUUUAAAGCAGUCAUUAAUUAAUUUGACUGAAGUAUUUCCAUGCCUGUUUUUGCUGUAGUGGGCUGAAAAAUAAUGAUAUGGAUGUUGUUUCUGUAUUAUUUGUGGAAGUGAUGUCAUAAAGAAUAGUUUAGCCCAGAACCAAAGAGCAGAACCUCAGACUGCCACCCAGAAGCUGCAGUGGUUCUCUGGGCCACAGGGGGGCCACAGCCCCAUUACACCUCUGUUUUUUUGUACAACUCUUGCAUUUUAUGUGCACGAGUGUAUGUAUGUUGAUGUGUUUCAUGUUUGCUCAUUACAAAUACAGGCCAAAUCAGUUGUAUUCAGGAAAACAGUGUUGGGAUCACAGCAUUUACAACAGACAGGUUUCAUUUUUGUUGUUUACAUUCAUAUAUAGCUGUGUAUGUGUUGUUUGUGAGUGAGAGCAGUUGAAAACGCAUUUAAUCUCUGAAAAUCUCUCCAUCCAAAUUGCAUAUGUAACUGCUGGCAUUGCUUCAGCCUGCUCUGUGCUUCCUACUCAGUACAUAAUCGAUGUGCUUUAGCUUUACAGUAAAAGAAAUUCACGCAGAAAUCAGAACAAUUCGCACUGAACAUUCACCAGUGCUCUAUGACUCAUACAGGCUCGUGUUAAUGAGUGUUGAAUUUUAGUGUUUAAACUUUUGUUUUUGUGCAGAAAGGCAGGAGUGUAUGUUAGCUUAGCUACACAACAGACACUUUCUUUAUCCACACACAAUGACUUUGUGAGCAUGUACUGCCUACAUAGACGGCAUCAUAUACUUCUAAUAUAUGCAACUAAUUAUGCAGCUUUCUAAGAUGCCUUACUUUGGACAUAUUUAAGGCAGCAUUACUUGUAUUUAAGUCAACUUUAAGUUGAAUCUCUUAUCCAAAAAGGAUUGUUUUAUCCUUUAUAAUGUUACAAAACAUUUCGAUUUAAAAUAAAUGCUGUUCUUCAAAUUUGUAUCCUGAAAACAUUUGUUAUGGUUUCCACAAAAAUAUUAAGUUGUACAACUGUUUACAACAUUGAUGAUAUUAAGAAAUGUUUCUUGAGCACCAAAUCAGAAUAUUAGAAUGAUUUCUGAAGCAUCAUGUCACACUAAAGACUGAAAAUUCAACUUUGCCAUCACAGAUAUAAAUGAAAUUUUAAAAUAUAUUAAAUUAGGAAAAGGUAUUGUAAAUUGUAAUAAUAUUUAACAAUUCUACUCUCUUUACUGUAUUUUUGGCCUCAUAAACACAAGCUGUCUAUUUUUAUGCAAUCACAUUGUUAGCUUAGAGGCAUGAUAACAGCAAACUUCGAAACAUUUGUGAGUCGAGACUCCCAAGGAGCACAAUUUACAUGAAACACUGACUUGCUGCCUAUAUAUAGAGCGUUACAAAUCAUUCACUUCUGAUGUUCUCUGUGUAGGCAGUAGACAGCAAGGCAGCUCACUAAUUUCUGGAACACAGCCACUCACACACCUCAUUGGCUGUUCUGUGCACCAGUAUUAGGCAUGUAAAAAAAAAAUUGUAUUUACACAGUAUUCAGUUUGAACACUCAGUGACUUUCAGCGUGCCGCUUCUUUUCUGCCAGGAUGUGUUGUUGAAUGUGUCUGGUGUCAGAGGGCAGCUACAGUAGAUCUUCACCACAUCUGUGCACAUGUGUAUCUUUCAGAUGGUUUGUGGUAAAGGUAGCACUCUUAUAAACCUUAUUACCCAGUUUGGCUGACUCAGUUAACAGCUUUGGGCUCAAAUGUAGAGUGUUAAGGACUUUGAAUUGCUAUUAAUGUCUCGGCCUGGGUCAGAUCACACACACCUAUGCAUUCAAACAUGCACACUUGAGUUAACUGAACACUGCUGUUGACUGGGGAGGGUUGUUAUGAAUAUGCGGGUGGGUCUUCAUGUAGUAUUAUGGUUGAGCAUGAAAGUCAGCUGCAACCACCAGUUGAAUUACUGCCAGCUAACACUUCCAGCUGUUUAGAUGCAGGUGAACUGGCUUAAAAGAGAUUUCAGAUGAUGUCACUAUAACCUUGAAGUCACACAAGUCUUACAAUUGUAUCAGGGGUCUGAGUCUCUCUUUCUCACACACACAAACACACUCCUCUUCAGCCUGGUGAUGAAGCAGAUGGUGGAUAUGUUCAUCUAUUGUUGUUUUCUUUCAUUUUUGUUUUGUUUUUUACUCUUCUCUCACAAAAAAUAUCAUGUUUUAUUUUUAUUUUCAGGGAAUUAUGCAUGAAAUUUAACUUAAUUUAAUUAAUUUAUGUCCACUGAUUUAUUUAUUUAGAAUUCUUUUGGUCAACAGAAAAAUACAAAUAAAAUAUUUGAAAAAUCUCUGGUA